UCUGCGCGUCUCAUCAGGUAGCCAGCAAUUCCGUGGCCGGCCAUGGCGAGCCUCCUCUCCCUCGUGCUGCUCCUCGCGCUCCUCGACGCGUCGCGCGCCACCAACUUCGAGGUCGGCGGCGACGCCGAGUGGGUCGUCCCGCAGGCCGGCGACUCCCAAACGUACAACCAUUGGGCGUCCAAGAACCACUUCCACGUCGGCGACAUCGUCCAUUUCAAGUACAAUCAGGACUCGGUGAUGGUGGUGACGGAGCAGGGGUACAACAAGUGUGAGUCGUCGCACCCCAUCUUCUUCUCCAACAGCGGUAACACCGAGGUGCGCCUCGACCGCCCCGGCCCCUUCUACUUCAUCAGCGGCGUCACCGGCCACUGCCAGGGCGGGCAGAAGCUGGUCAUCAAGGUCACCGACAAGGCCAGGCCACCGCCGGGGCCCCCCAGUGGGGCUGCGCCGGCGGGCUUUGGAUCCGCCGGCGCCAUUGUUGUCUUGAUGGCGGUGCUUUGGCCUCUUCUUGUUAUGCACGAUAUUUAAGAUGAACAUCCAUAUAAUGCUUUUGGAGCUUCACAUUAAUGGUUUUAGCUCCUUUCCAUCAUUCCAUGUAUUCUCGGUUCUUAGUUGUUCAAUUUAGUUACAGUACCAUGGAAUGUACACAAAACCAAAAGGCUAAUGAAAUUAGUGCAACAUUUUGAGAAUAACUGAAUUUCC